UGGGGGUAAAUAGAAGCAGAGCCCAGAAUACAUUCCUGUCCAGGUCAGAGGAUAAAUUGUAACCCCAGCUCAUUGUUCCCUCAUCUCAGAGCAGAAAACCUGCACCAUGGUUAUGACUUUGGGUUACUGGGACCUCCGCGGGCUGACCCUUCCUAUCCGCAUGCUCUUGGAAUACACAGACACGAAGUACGAGGAGAAGAUGUACACAAUAGGAGAUGCUCCUGACUAUGACAGAAGCCAGUGGCUGAAUGAAAAAUUCAAGCUGGGCCUGGACUUCCCCAAUCUACCCUACCUUAUUGAUGGGACUCACAGGCUUACUCAGAGCAAUGCCAUCCUGCGCUACAUUGCCCGCAAGCACAACCUGUGUGGGGAGACAGAAGAGGAGAGGAUCCUCGUGGAUGUUUUGGAGAACCAGUUCAAGGACACGCGCAUGCAACUGAUUAGGCUAUGCUACAACCCUGACUUUGAGAAACUGAAGCCCGAGUUCUUGGAAGGGCUUCCUGAGAAGAUGAAGCAGUUCUCAGAGUUCCUGGGGAAGAGGCUGUGGUUUGCAGGGGACAAGCUCACUUUUGUGGAUUUCCUGGCUUAUGACAUCCUGGACCAGCAUCGCAUAUUCCAGCCCAAGUGCUUGGAUGCCUUCCCGAACCUCAAGGAGUUUCUGGCCCGCUUUGAGGCCCUUAAGAAGAUCUCUGCCUAUAUGAAGUCCAGCCGAUUCCUUCAUGGACCUCUGUUUGCAAAGAUGGCCUUGUGGAACAGCAAAUAGGCCCCUGGAAGACAAGAGGGAACCUGAGAGCAGUGGAACCUUGAUGCCUCCCCAAGUCACCCCCUCAUUCUUUCUCCUUCUCCCUUUCACUCUGACUCUGGCCUUUCAGGCUUGUUUCUUCCCCCAGUCUCUGCACAUCCAGGAUGAUGAAAGCUCUUCCACUCCCAUUUUCUCCUGAAUCCCCUGACUCUGAUGUUAUCCUUCCCCUCUCAGCAACAGAUUACCGUACCCCCCAACCCUUUUCUGGUUGUCUCUGCCUUGAAGUACUUUCUGGGCCCUUUGCCCACAUCUCAGCCUGACCUCCAGCCCUGCCCUGAACACCAGGACUGGCCUGUGUGUGGGCCCUGCUCCACAGGUGGUCCCUGAACAGCCCUGCCUGAUCCCCAGUAAAGCCUUCAUCACACCUGC